AUGGCUGCGUGGGAUGACGAAGAAAGCGAUGGUGGUUCUCCACCUCCAGUUGUUAAGAAGAGCAAGUUCGAUGAUGAAGAAGAAGAAGCCGAGGUCGCCGACGCCUGGGAUGCCGAGGACUCCGACGAAGAACGCGAAAAAGCCGCAAAGAAAGCCGAAGCCGAAGCAAAACGUCAAGCCGAACUAGCCGCUAGCAAGAAGUCAAAAACCCAGAGGAUAGCGGAACGUCAAGCCGAACAUGCUGCUGAGAAGGCACGUCUGGAAGCUGAAGAAGAAGAUGAAGACCCGGAAUCUAUCCGUGAACGUGGUCGUCAGGCUGAACUUGCUGCGGAUUUGGCUUCUGCUGGUGAUUUACUCGGUGCAGUUGCUGCUGGUUCUCAGAAUUCGAGAAGGGUAGCUGCAGAUCGUUCGCUCAUUCAGCAUAAGACCGAUACCGGUGAACAGGUCAUGCUAGAUCUUGCCGACCUUCCAUUGUUCCAACCGAAGCUGAAGACCGAAUUCGAUGAGAUCAAGGACAAAUUAGUUCCAUUAUUUGUCAACAUGCAAAAGAAGGGCCAUUAUCCCAUCUUCCUUCAGGAGUUCUUUAGAGAAACAUCGAAGGGGUUGAACAGCGAGCAGGUCAAGAAAAUUUCCUCGUCGCUUACUACUCUAGCGAACGAGAAAAUGAGGGAAGAGAAAGCAGCUGAUACCAAGGGCAAGAAGACAUCAAAGUCCAAGGUGAAGGCUACGGUUACACUUGGUGGCGCUGGCGCUGGUAAGAGCCAUACCGCUGAUACCACGAAUUACGAUAAGGAGAUUGAUGAUUAUGAUGAUUUCAUGUAA